AUGGGGCAGGUAAAACGUGGGGCAUGUGUCUGUUGGAAAUGCGGCACCACGUGGGGACUGGCGCAGAGUGGGGAGUGAAGAUUUCCACCACAUCAAACACCAGCGACUGGUGUGGAAUGAGGGCCAGUAACAUAGCAGGGUUCACCAUAAAUGAGAAGAUUCUGACAAUAUUUCAAUUGGUGCCUGAUGGGCGUGCAACCCAAGCACGUUAUGCACUGAGGCCUCACCCCAGGAGCUACAUCACGUUUCAGAGAAAGAUAUAUCUCACGCAGAAAUUAGCAGAUGUCCUGAAUUUCAUUGAAGAUCUGUUGGCUCUUACAAGCCAGAUCGCAGAGCAACACACUCCUCUCCCUGUCCCUGAACUGCCAGAGGAUACUGCUACUCCCUCAGAUACUGAAGAUGCUGGGACUGAGGAGCCAAGGAGGGAUUUCGAGCGAAGGCUUUCUGAUCUAGAGGAGUUGUUGAGGAGGCUGGCGCCGUUUAAACCUGUCCACUAAACUCAGUUAUGUGUGCAUGUAUGUUAUUUACAUGUACAUCCGAAUCUGACUAUGCAUAGCAAAGCCUUGUGGGGAUGAAUCUCAUUAGUUCAAAACCACAAGUGCUGCGCUCAACUCUGCC